AUGGCUCAAAUCUGGUUUUACGUGAAAAAUGACGAAAACAGUUCAUAUUUUCAUGCUCGGUUUCCCAUACCUCCUUUGAUAACAUUUCAUUGGGAAGUAUUUGAAAAGUGUUCACGAGACUUUCUAAUUUGUUUAAAGUACUUGCAAGACGUCGUGGUUGAAACACAUUUACAGAGAACUUCGUCUACGGAUUAUAUUAUGCGACAAAUGAACUGGACGGUAGAAAAACAUGGUGGUUAUAUUCGUAUGGUUAAUGACGAAUGUUUACGGUUAAAAACAUUAGAUUGGACCAAGCCCGAACCUUUUCGUGGCCCGUUGGAUAGAUUUCGAUGGAGGGUCACAGCAAGUUAUUUCAUGUGCUGGUAUACAAUGCAGAACAUCACUUUACUGUCACGGUUUAGCGAAUCUUGUGAUGAUAUCGGAGAAUGUCAGAAUGCUGACAAGUUAAAUGAUUUUCGAGCUAUUAAUAAUGUCCCUUAUCAAUGCGCCUUGUAA